CUUAAAGUCUACAAAUAUACCCAGUCAAAUGUUUUCUGGCCUGCGGGCAACAAUUCAGAGAGAAAUGGAUACUGUGUGAGACUAGCCACACACUCAUGGGAGAUGCAAAUCAGAGGAAGAUCAUGCUAAUGCAUGUAAUGAUGGACCACAGUGAGUGAAGUAGGUUUUAGUGUAUUACACCACAAUGAAGCCCGCACAGAGUAGUGGGCAGUCAGAAAUAUAUUUACAGUACAGUAACACACAGUCUGGAAUUCAUCGAUAAAGAUAUUUUUGGUCCACUUUUAUUUAGGAUUUUAAAUGUCAAAGGUUACUGUUGAGGUCCUGAGGCACUGGUUGCAUGGAGGCAGAGUGCUUCCAAGACUGACAUGACAUGAUGUCAUGUAGAUCCAGACUGCGUCCCAGAUGUUCAGAGUUGACAGCCAGGCUACUGUUUUCAAGCACACUUGAUAUCCAGUGACCGGAAGUGUCAAGUGAUAGCAGCAGGAGAGUGGGUUCUGGGUUCUAAGCCAGUUCCAUCUGUUUCCCAGUCAACAAAAUAAUCAUUAAUGAAUCUCUUAUGAAACCUUUUUUAUCAAAUACAUUUAGCUAACAUUUCAUAUGCUGCUCAGCUCAAAAAUGCUAUUGAAACCCAUCCCCAUUUCUUUCUGAAGCAGGCACUUACAGCAUUAGAUUAUGGGUACGGUUUUGAAUUAAACUUUGCUGCCUUUUUAUUACAGUAUUUAGACAGUGGUAUGAUCCCCAUCUAUAGCCUACCCAUCAGUUUGCCUUCUCCGUCCUGACUGCUCCAAGCACUUUCUGUAUGUACUGCAAUCACCCACUGCAACCAACACUGGCAUGUGUUCAUACAGUCAAUACCACAGCAUAAACACUGUGACUGAGAUUGAAGGGUAGAGGUAGAUGUAGGAUAGGGGAGGCAGAGAGUGAUGAAUGCUGACUGUAACAUUGUGUAACUGACAGAUUAUUCAUUGUGCUAUUAGUUUUCAGCAGCAGCUUGCUGUUGCCAAUCUACACAAAAGACGCAUACCAGCAAUGGCAGUUGGGCUGAGAGUUUUCGAGGAAGACAAAUUGUUAAAGGGAGUGUAAGUGAGUAAAGUAGCAGCUCCCUUCCUACAAACCCCUGAGCCUCCCCUUCAUCACCAAAACACUCCACCCAAAAAUCUCAGUCCCAUGAGGUUAAACUACUUGCAGGCCCUCCAGCGUCACAGCUUUUACACAUAAAAGGCCUCAGCUAUGGCUGAAUAAACCCAGUUCCCGGCUUCAGCCACAAGCCCAGACCGAACCGUCAGCUUCCAGUGCUGCGGCUGCCCGCCUCCAAGCCUGCUGUCCAGGGACAAACGCAGCACAGGGGGGAGGGGGCCAAGAGAGGAAAAGACACAGGGAGAAAGGCAAACUCUUGCUUCACUGCUCAAGCUUCUCAGCUUCUUGCUGUCAAGAAAAUGGUUGAACAAAACAUCCGUUUUUACAAAGCCAAGUCCCAGUCGUACCUCUUGCUAGUAGCCUGCUCUGACAGAUGAAUCUGCAAAAAGGAAAGUUACUCAGCAUGGAAAACUGGACAAUAGGAGGAGACUGUUUGCUAAUGUGUCUGCACAACUGAUCGAUGUUUUUUAGAAGGAAUUUUAGAAGAAUAUGACAUUAAAUUAUGUUGGAUGAUUUGAUCAAGUUCUUUGUUAUGCAAACAACCGGUCUCCAACAAAGGUAAAUAAGGUGAGUUCCCAGAAUUUUGUCAUGUUUUUGCAGCAACAAAACCCAAAACACAGACAGAUUUAGAAUCAAGGCAUUCACUAUUUGCUCCGUCCAAGACCAUGGACACAUUACUCCUGUCAAAUGACAACAUUUUAUCUCUGUUUCAUUUCCUUUUUAAGACACCUUCCAAGAAAGUGAAUAAUAUGCAUACAAUAAUCACAUUGAUAUAAGUGUAUGUUACAGAGGGAUCCAUGGCCUAUAAGGUCACCAAACCCACCCAACAAAUCAGGGUGAUGCAAGUUCUGUUUUAGGGUGGAUUUCCCUUGAAACACACCAGUGUGCAGCCAAAACAAACUCCCGGUGAUGGUUUGCCUCUUGCCUCCGGUCGCUCUGGCCUGCUUCUAGACAGCAGACGAGGGACCCUCACUGCUCAGAGGGAGGAGCAGAGUUCUCGGCCCUCCCACCGGCUAUAAACCCAGAGGCAGACGGAAACACUCAGACAGCAGGCACACGUGUAGCAAAGAGGCAGAGAGAGAGAAGGAAAGAGAGAGACCAGUAGAGAGAGAGUCAAACUGCUGCCACAAGCUGGGAGUCGUUUUUGCUAUUGGGAUUGAAACACACAAAUAUAGAAACAAAGGACCAGCAAAGCGGUUUAGAGAAGUGAAGAAAAAGAGGACAAAUUUUGACUUCCACAUUUAACCUCAACAUGCCAUUAUAAUUCUGCUCUCUUCCAAAGGAUUAACUGACUGAGGAACUGAUCUUUGGGGAUGUGAAGUGUUUUUGUGAAUGAACUAAGAGAGAAAGACCAGAGGGACCUGGGACCUGCAGCCACCUGUGACACAGCAGCUCUGCGAUCAAGUCGCUCUUGUCUGCUGAUUUAGGAUCAACUUGCCGAUGCUUUACUGUUAGUGAAAGGAGGUUAUAAACCAAGCUUCACUCAGCAUAUGACUCACCUGGCUUAACAAAUUUUUACAAAAAAAGAGAAGUUGGGGGUCAAAAAACAAUUGGUGGUGGACACCUUUAGUCAGCAGCAUCAACUUUCUUAAGCAACCUCCAAUAACAAACUUGCAAGUUGAAGCUCAACAACCAGGAAAGUCUCCCCAAGAUUGACCUGUAGCUGUCAAACCGUUGUUACGGUGAAGAUGACAUUUGCCAUGCUGCGCACGGCACCUCCCGCAGGCCGCUUCUUGUACGGCGAUAUCGCCCUCCUCUCCGAAGAUGAUGAUGAGAACGGGAGUGAGGGCUCGGGCUCUGAGGAGCGCAACUCUGCUGCCUUCCGCCUGUCCUCCUCGUCCCCGUCUGCCUUUCACAUCAAGGUGAACAGGAAGAGGAAGCUGUGCGGGCUAGGAGGGGGUGGAGGUUGCGGAGGGAUAGGGGACAUUAUGGGGAGGAUUGGCCCCCCGGGCUCGACUGGCCCUGGUGAGGUUCGCCAGAGGACCGCAGCCAAUGCGCGGGAGAGAGAUCGCACCAAUUCUGUCAACACAGCAUUCACAGCGCUGCGCACGCUCAUCCCCACCGAGCCUGCAGACAGGAAGCUGUCAAAGAUCGAGACGCUACGUCUGGCCAGCAGCUACAUCAGUCAUCUGGGGAACAUCUUGCUCCUGGGCGAGGGGCUUCAUGACGGACAGCCCUGCCACGCCCCCUCACCACCGUUCUUCCACGUUAACUCCUCCCCCAACCGAGGAUCUGACCAAUCACCUCAACCCAAGCACAUCUGUACUUUCUGCCUCAGCAACCAGAGGAAAAUGAAUAAAGACAGAGACAGGAAGACAGCCAUCAGAAGCUAACAACGAGAAUACACACCACACGGAGAAAAUGCUUGUCACUUCGACAGCGCUGUCAGUGAUUUUUUUAAAUACUGCAACUUGAAGACUUAUCAGACUUGUGAUGCAUUUCAGAGACUUUUGAUGGACUUCUACAGCACUUCCAGGACUUUUUAAAUAAACUUUACAAAGCGUUUCUUUGUGUAGACUUUUUACAGUGCUUUACAGGAACUUUUUAGGGUACUUUUAAGGGGCUUUCACAUGCUUAUCAAGACCACGAAGAACCUUUUUACCAACACUUAUAAGGGGCUUUUUACUGUAUUGUUCCAAGACUCAAUGAUGGUUUAUUCAGAGUCUAAAGAGCUUAUGGCACAUGAUCGAAAAACACAAAAACCUAUGAAAGACAAAUUUGUAUUCAUCAAAAGCUGUGUGUUAUUAAUGUGUAAACUGUAAUAUAAAUGUAUAUUUAUGUGACAUAACAUUAUAUAAUGAAAGUAUGUUAUUUAACAGGCAUAUCACAUUCUUGACAAGAUGCAAAACAUUGGCUAAUCACACAGUUUAUGGCAUUCUUUGUGAUGGUUUCACACAAAAAACUAACAGAAAAUGCUGGAACUUUUGUGAUAUUGAUAUUUCUAAUAAUCAUUUUUGAAAGUGCCUCAUGCUGGAAAAUAACUCAAGAUGACCAAUAAAUUUUUUGUAUAUCUGGAAGUAAAUUUCAUUCAUAUGUUGGUUGUAUUUUGAACAGAUUGUACUCUCAACGUUGUCGUAAUUCUCCCCAG